ACCACGCUCGCCCUCUUGUAUCUGUGGACGUUCAAGAGAAUGCCUGACGCCUCAACAACUAGCUACUAGAGUGACCAUUCCCUGGACGAGGCGAAGCAAAUCACGAGCCGAACAACCGGUUUUGCCAGAAAUUCCGCCAGGAGUUCUCUGCGAAGCCCUUGAUCGCUAGAAACGCCUGUUGUAGGUUUCACGUCCGCCGCGCUGCGACGCCAGGAAUGGCCCAACUUCAUUGCGUGCUGUACGACGCCGUGUGGUGAUAGCUAGUAAGUUACCAGACGGCAUCAUGGCUCCGGGCUGCUCCAUCUGCUACGAGGAGUUCGUCGCGGAGGACUCGCUGCAAGUCGUCGUGGAAUGCGGCCACGUGUUCCACACCCAUUGCCUGCUGCAGUGGCUUGAGGGCAAGGCCCGCGGGAGCUGCCCCUUCUGCCGCAGCGCGUGCUCGAAGCGUGUUCUCCACGUGUUCCUCUCCGACCUCUCCAGCGGGGAUGCGGAAGCGGAGCGGGGGGACGGCGCGGAUGGCGCAAACGGCGCGGGAGCGGACGGCUGCCGCGCAGCGAAACGGAGAAAGUUUGGGGAGGAGGGGGGUCGGCGCGCCCAGCAUGCGGAGUCGCAGGUGGCGGCGCUGAAGGCAUCGCUGCGAGCAGAGCAGGUGGCGCUCGCGCAGCUCAAGGCCGAGGCGGAGCGCAGCAAGCAGCGCGCGGGGGAUGCGGAGCGGGAAAGGGACGAGGCACGGGCGGCAGUGGAGCGAGCAAGGAAGGCGCAUGCGAGGGAGAAGGAGCAGCUGGUGAUGGCCACGCACGUGCUCAGAGGGGAGCUGGAUGCGAAGACCUCGGAGUGCAAGGCGCUGCACACGCAGCUGCAGCAAGCACAGUGCAGCGACGCAGCCAUGGCUCUCAUGCAGCAGGUGGACCUGAACAAGGACGGCCUCCUCAAGAUGGCCCGCAUGGCAGCAGGCGCAUCAGGCGCAGCUGCCGCCGCCCCUGCUGCUGCCACCACCAACGCCACCACCACCACUGCCACUAGCCGUGCUGGCACUGGCAUAGGAGGCAGUGGUGGCAGGGGCAGGCAGGCGAAGGGGUGGACGCUGGACGAUGGGGGUGACGAUGGCGGUGGCGGCAGCAGCAGCGAUGCGGGUGUGAUUUGCGUGCUUCAACACACGCUCAUGGAGAGAAACAAGCAAUACAAGGACCUUCUCUCCAAGUUCUCUCACCGCACCUCGCACCACUCCCUUCAAGCCUCCACCAACGCACGCCUCUCCGCCCUUGUUGCUAAGCUGCAGGCUCAGCUAGCACAGCUCAAGUCCCACUCCUCUCCCUCUACCACCAACCCGCCUCGCUCCUCCCGCUCCCCUGCCCCUGCCUCUACCCCUGGCUCUGGUACUGGGGCUGCUGCUGCUGCUGCUGCUGCUGCUGCAUCGGGCCGUCCCCCUCCCUGCGUACCUGCGCCCCCUGUUAUUGUAACUGGGGCAUUGCGGGGUGUGCCAGGGCUACAUAGGAAGAGGUCGCAAGCUGGGCCUAGGCAGGGAGAGGAGGGGGGAAGGGAGACGGAAGGAGCGAGUAGAGGGGAGAAGGAAGGUGAAAGAGAGGAGAGGGGAGGAGAGAGAGGGGUGCAGGAAUUUGAAGGCGACAAGAGUGGUACUGUUGCGAAAGGGAGCGACAGAGAUGGUGGUGUUACUGCUGCUCCCGCUGCCCGUGCUGCUCCUGCAAUUGCACAUGAUAAUUUCAGGGUAGGAGUUGAGGAGCGACGGCAGCAUGGAGGUCGACAGGACAGGGUCGCAGGGCAGGCAGGGCAGGUAGGGCAGGAGGAGGGAGGGGAUGGGAAGAAAGGCAGUGGUGUUCUUUCUCCUUUUCCCAUGCGAGGAAGGAAGACGGCAGCAAAGGGAGCGGCGGUGCGACAGAUGCAACAACCGUUACAGGGGCAACAGGUGAAACAGGUGCACGCUCGCAAACCGGAGGAGCAGCGAGCACAGAGAGGUGAUGCGGGAGGGAUGGGUGGCGAUGGCUUGGAAGGCUUGGAGGAUGAAUACGACGCGGCUGGAGCAUGCCCUGGUUUGUCCAGGAGGCGAGAGGGGCAAGCAGGAGUGGGUGGAGGGAAGAGGGAGGAGAAGGAUGUGAUAGUGAUAGAUGAUGAUGAGGAGGAGGCAUGUGAGGAGGAUGAUGCAGAGUGGGAAAGAGAGGAUGGUGCAGGCAAGGAAGGCGGAGGGGACGAGGAGGCGGGUGAGGGCGACGAGGAUGACUUCCUGGACGGUCUGUUGCAUGCCAUAGACGAGCCCAAUAGGCCAACGCUGGCAGUGCCUGCUGCCAUAGCCAAGGGACAGACACCAGCUGCGAGAGCACAGGUGACAGCAGCAGCAGUGACAGCAGAAGCAGGAGGAGGAAGGGGAGGAGCGGCGGCAGCAGCAGCAGCAGCAGGAGCAGGAGGAAGAGGAGGAAGAGGAGCAGCAGCAGUGAGGGUGUUUGCAUUCCCAGGUCCUGUAGGCGCGGAGGAGGAAGGAGGGAGAAGAUCAGGUGUAGCAGGUGUGAUGGAGGGAAGAGAGGGACUGCAGAACGGGGGAGGAGCGAGGCAUGUGGAGCAAGACUCUGCUGCUGGAGCGGAGGAGGGGAGAGCAUGGGGGGAGAGGGACUGGGAGGGCAGGAGAAGCGAGCAGGAGAUUGAUUGGGGAGGAGAUUGUACGCAAGAGGAGGAGGAAGACAAGCAGAUGGAGCUGCCGGUGUCCCAUUCAGCGGGUCCCGAGAGCUUACUGGGUCGGUGACGGUGACGUCGCAGAUCCAGACCGCCCCCGAGUCCCGGUCACGCACGGCCAGGUCGGCGGUCUUGCCAUCGACCGGGUUGUAGAUCGCUGUUUCCUUCGUGACUAUGAGCUGCGCGUCCCGCCCCAUGCGUAUGC